GAGAAGGGAGGAGAAAGAACAGAUGGACAGGCGGAUUAAGUGGAAUCCGGGUGGGUUUGUGAUAGAAACUCAUUCACGAGAACGUAAAUAAGACAGAAGGAAAAGUAAGAAGUAACGUCUGUCUGAAAGGUAUCUUGGCCGGCUGCUGAGACCAAAGGAUCAAGAGACAGAACAGAUGCACCUUUCUUGCAUCAAAAGAUUAACCUAGAUCAUAAAGGAUUAUACAGAAACUGGCUGGACUGCUUGAGACAUGGAAUAACAAAGGAAAUCCUUAUCAGUCCCGGAAACUAAUCAUUGCAAGAAAAUAAAGAGGAGGAUAAAAAUUACAGAACAUUGGAUAACGAUAAAAUCUUAGUGAUGUAAGGAUGAUUGAGAAGUAACCUAAUUUCAGCGAAAGUGAAAAGGAAUUUGUGACCUAAUGACCUCUUCAAUGCCCUUCAAAAGUACUGAUUUACUGUCCUUGUGACACUCGUGAUUAGAAGACUCUCAGUCUGUGGAUCUUUAUGGCAUUGUUCCUGAGAUUCAGCACCGCACCAGCACAUAUGGACAGCGUGGUUUAUGAGCACAGCCUAACCAAAGAUCAACUGAGGCCUGUUGCCAUCUCAGCACAUCUGUCUCCUUCUGUCUUCUUAUUCUCUCUCACUCUCUAAAUCUGCGGUUCUUCCUCCGCAGCUUUACUGACCUUUGCUACUGAGCUUGUUUACUUCUUCGAUUCCUCUGCUUAUUCCUCUGCUGUUUAUACCACUCCUCCUCCUGAUAUUAAACCUCCUUCAAUCUGGUCCUGGGAGUGCUCUAAUCUGCCUUUCUUGCUCAGCCCACACAAACGAACUCUCUCCAUCUCACUCACUUAAACCUCCAGCUCUCUGCUCUGCUCUCCUCCCUGUGUUGAUCCCCAUUAAGAACCUCCUGUGGAAUGUUUCUUCCUCGGACCGACCACAUUGCAUCCUUGUCCAUUCAGUCCUGCUUUUGAAUGUACACCAUGAAUAACAUAUAUAGCGAACAGUAGCAAACAUUAGGCAUUUGCUCUCUUUUUAUCUCUCUUUAUCUUGUCUUCCCAUCACUCUUCUUCUCCAUCAUGCUGGAGCGUAUGUCCAGGCGUAGUCGUUCCCUCCUGUCUCUCUCUCUAACCUCUCUGGCUCUCACUCUCUCUGUACUGGCCUUCUGCACCUCAUACUGGUGUGAGGGGACCCACAAGGUGGUGAAGCCCCUCUGCUUGUCUCCUGUAAAGAUGAAGAACUGUGGCCAGAACAAUAGCCAGCCUUAUACCACCGAGGCCCCAACACCAGACCCCAAAAAAAUGGAGGCCAAUGUGACAUUGUCUCCACAGCAGAAGGAAGAACAAGCCCUGAUCAGAGCAAAGAAACUGGCCAACGCAGUCCACUAUAUCUGGGAGACCGGAGAGGAUAAAUACAUGCUGAGAUACUUUCACACUGGAUUCUGGCUGUCCUGCGAGAAACAUCAUGAGGGUGAGGAAGGAGAGAAAUGUCGGAGUUUCAUUGAACUGACUCCUGGAGAAACUCAAGGGGUGCUUUGGCUCUCUGUGGUCUCAGAGUUCAUGUAUAUCUCGCUGCUGGCCAUGGGGUUCCUUAUGAUGCUGGUGGAGAUGCUGUUACUGUGUUUAAAUAAGGAGAUGUACGCCCUCAAGAUCAACGCCUUUGCUGCCAUUUGUACUGUUCUGUCGGGGAUGAUGGGAAUGGUGGCACAUAUGAUGUACACUACAGUAUUCCAGCUGACCGUCAGCAUUGGCCCUAAAGACUGGAGACCACAGACCUGGGACUAUGGCUGGUCAUUUGCUCUGGCCUGGAUUUCUUUCAGCUGCUGCAUGGCAGCUGCAGUCUUCACUCUCAAUUCCUACACCAAGACGCUGAUCGAGAUGAAGCACCGGGCGCGCAUUCGCCUGGAAGAGGCACGUGCUGCCAGCCACGCCCCCCCUUACGAUGAAGUCGUCACAGCCCAUCCUACUGGCAGCGUUUACUCUGUCAACCAGCUUCUCCAGCAGUGCCAGAAGGGCACACUGAUUGACACCGGAUGGCCCCCCAGAGAGGAGGGUUCUGCUAGGGUGACGGUGGAGGGAAUGAACCCCCACGGACUGGUGCUGGUGGGCGGCUGUGGGACACAGGGGUGUGAGGACUGUGAGAGAGAGAUGGACGAAAUGGAGGUGGCACUGGAGAGAGAGGAUCAUGAGGGGGAUGAUGAAAUAUGCUGAGAGACAUGCAAUAAGUUUCAAACUUGAAAGGUAAAGAAUAAAUGAAAUGGUCUUUAAAUGAGGAGGGGUGGAAUAGGAUAUGAAAUAAUUCUGUUAAAUUGAUUGCAGCUAAUUAAGGGGUUUACAUGAAAUACCAGAACAUGGUUUACUUACCCUGACAAUUAAUAAGUCCACAGUGAACAGAAAAGUAAACAAUAAAGCAAAACAAGACAAAACUGUCCAAAAAAGGCAAGUAAAACUUGUAAAAAUGCCUAAGUUUACCCACCUAUUAACCCAGACUCCCCCCUUCCCAGGCAACAUCUUUCUCUAAUACAUAUAAGUCAGCGAGUGCAACAUCACUAGGCAGCCAAUGUGCUUGGAGGAAAGCAUUGGAUCCUGAGCUCUGAAACAUCAGCCAACAGAAGCCUGUGUCAAUGACAGUGGAGAGAGAGUGCUAUCUACCCACCCAGAGAGAACAUGACUAAUUGUGCUCUCUCAGAAUCUAGGUAGCUAUUGAUGGCGAAUGUAACAUUAAAUGUCUAUAAGCUAUUAGUUUCAGAACUAAAAGAAACAAGCAGCAAAACAGGUAUUUAAUGUAAUCUUCAGCUAUUGGAGUUCUCUGGUGGAAAGAAAUGUUUUAUUUUUGCUGGUAAAAAGUAUGUUGCAUUGAGUUCAAGUCCAAUGGAACACAGUGUAGAAGGUGUGUAAAAUAUGAAACAAAACCCAAUGUGUAAAUGUGAUUCAACAGGAUUAAAGCAAUCUGAGAACUAUUUGGAUCAUUGACUGUAUUUUUGUAAACAGCAAAAAUAUAAAAAUGGUAAAUAAAAUAUGGUCCUUUAUUGGUCAUUAAACAGUAUUAUAUAUGCAUGUGGCUUUUUCAUAUGAGCUUUAUGCAGCUAUAAUGUUCAUAUAGUGAGUUGGGACAGAGAUAAUGUAUAUAGCCAGAAAAAAUGAGUGCUUGUGAAUCAUAAAAGUAUUUUUCCUAAAUAAAACAAAUCUUACAAAUAGA